AUGGCAGAAUGGUUUGGUGCUCCAAUCAUAGAGAAGCUCAUCAACACUGGCUUUCAGUACCUGGGAGAUCAAGUCAGAUGGCAGACAGGCAUGAAGGAGGAGCUCGAAAGGCUGCGAGAGAACCACCCCAAGAUCCAAGCUGUGGUGAACUUUGCUUCCAGCCAAGAGCAGAUCAGAGACCGAAAUCCGGCUCUCAACGAAUGGCUAUGGCAGCUACGAGAUGCUAUCGAUGAGGCGGAUGAUGUGUUGGAUGAUCUCGAGUACAUGAAGCUUGAAAAACAGCUGACCAAAGACAAGAAGCAGAGAAAGGUGCGUUCCAUCAUGAAAUCCAUAAAUAAAAGACUUGUCAAAAUUGCCAAACGUGCUCUCAAAAUUGAUCCCAACUUGAAGAAACUGAAGGCGGUUGUGCAGAAACUUGAUAGAGUUUCAACUACUGUUGAUACUUUCCUUUAUCUUGUAAGAGAGUUAAAGCAGGAGCAUCAGGAGCAGCAGCUUGAGCGUGAAACGGGAUCCUUGCCUACAAAUGAUCUCAUCGGGCGAGACGAGCAGAAGGACUUUGUUAUGCAGUGGUUGAGGAAGCUAUCAAAUGAGGAACAUCAAGCUCUUGUUAAUGGAACUGAUUUGUACAGAAACAUUUCUCUUCUAUCUAUAAAAAUGUGGGUUUGCGUUUCCAACAACUUUGAUGUGAAAAAAGUCAUUGCGGAUAUGUUGGAAUCUCUUAAAAACGAGAGGAUUCAUUUGGAGACACUUGAUACACUUCAAAAUAAUCUUCGGACUGAGAUUAUGUCCAAAAAGUUCUUACUUAUUUUGGAUGACAUUUGGGAGGAGGAGAAGCAGGAUAUCAGCAAAUGGGAGAAGGUGCUCGCCCCUCUGGCUUAUGGGAAAAUUGGUAGUAGAAUUUUGGUAACAACUCGAAUGGAUUCAGUUGCAAUGAUGAUUGCAAAGGUCAUUAAAAAGAAUACUAAAAUAUUUAGAUUAGAGGGCUUGCAGGAAUAUCAGUGUUUGCAGCUCCUCAACUCUCAUGCAUUUGCUGAUGUAGAGAAUCCUAACGAUUAUCAAAGAUUAAGAUCCAUUGCUGGAGAAAUAGUUAAAAAACUUUCAGGAUCUCCAUUGGCUGCAAAGGUCAUCGGUGGUGUUUUGAAUUCUAGCUUGGAUGAAAGACAUUGGACAAAAGAUCUUUGCAAUGCACUUAUUGAAAUAUUCAAAGUAUCGAGAAGCCUACGCUUAUUAUACAUAUGUUCUCUAGAAGACUUGAAAAUAAUACCUGAAGAGAUUGGAAAUUUGAUACAUCUUCGAUACUUGAAGAUUGAUUGUUAUGAUUUGACCAUGCUGCCAAGAUCUCUAAGUAAUCUCUAUCACUUGCAAUACCUAAUCCAUUAUGGACAUACUGUAGGUGAUGAUUUUUUACUAAGUGACAUUAGUAACCUUUUAAACUUGCGUUACAUGGGAUUGCCCGUGAAUUAUAUUUCAUUGAUAUGUGGGAUUGGGAAGCUAAAGUCUCUUCAAGAAAUGUAUAUGUUUGAUCUUAGAGAUACGAGUGGUUAUAGAAUUGGAGAGCUGGAGAAUAUGAAUGAUCUUUGCAAAUUAGGAAUCAAUUGCCUUGAAAAUGUUAAGGAUGCCGAGGAGGCUAGUAGUGCCAAAUUAUCUGCCAAGUGGAGGCUCACAGAUUUAACCUUAUGUUGGAGUAACACUGAUUCGAGGAACAUCGAUUUAGAUGAGAACGUGCUCAACAACCUUCAGCCACCAAAAUGUCUAAGGAAUCUGAGCAUAAAGAGAUACAUGGGUGCAAGGUCUGCAAUAUGGAUGAACAAUGUUAAUCUGCUCUCCAAUAUAGAGAAAAUUGAGAAAAUCGAAUUUACAGAUUGCUUGGAGUGUGAAACUCUUCCACCUUUUGGGCAACUUCCCUUCCUCAAGUCACUGACACUUUCUAACAUGCCGAAGGUAAAAUGGCUCGAAAGUAAAUUUAAUGGGAAUGAUAAAUGCCAUGCCUUUCCAACGCUAGAAGUGUUACAUAUUAGCUACUUAAAAGCAUUAGAGGAUUGGUUUGAGGCAGGAGUACCAGCUGAAGAUGGAUGUUUGUUUCCUUGCUUAAUUGAACUGGAGCUAUUUGACUGCCCGAAGUUGAAAGAGUUGCCCUCUUUGCCUUCUGUGCUCAAGAGCUUGCGGAUAGAAAGCACUGGGUGGACGACUUUGAAUUUUUGUAGCAAUUCAAAUCCUAUUCCUCUUGAAACAUUAGAGGUCUUUCACUGUCCAAACAUUACAUCUCUUCCUCUGGCUGAUGAAAUAGCAAGACUUGCAGCACUAAGAUACUUGGAAAUUAGAUAUUGCCCCAAUCUGAUCUCUCUCGGAAGAUAUCGACAAGUGGAGACCACUAAUAAUUGCCAUCUCAUGCUCAGCGUUCUUGAAAUAAGUGAUCCAUCGGUGUUGCUAAUGGAGCCAUUGAGAAGUAUCGCCUCCUUAAAAAAGCUGAUUAUUGAGAAUAAUGAUGAGCUGGUUUCAUUUACAAAUGAGGCGGAGCAAUGGUUUCUGAAAGUUAGGUCUUCUCUUUCUGAGCUGAGAUUUUCAGAUCUCAAAUCCUUGCAGUCUCUCCCUUCCUCCUUGGAAAGCUUGUUUUCACUUAAGAAACUAUAUAUUGGUUAUGACGUUCCUAUGCUUCGGGAAUUACCGAACCUUCCUUCCUCUUUAGAAUAUCUAUAUAUUUGGGGAUGUCAUCCAGAGUUAAAGGAGCUCUAUCGAGAGGAUGGAGGCUUCGAUCGGCACAAGAUUGCUCACAUUCCUCAUAUCCAAUUUGUUUACUGA